AUGGACGAUAUCGACGACCCCCUCACGCGCCUACAGAUGCUGCAGCGAGACCUCAGCGCCUUCAACGAGACCCGGCUCGAGAACCUAGAUCGAUUGGAACUGGAACUCGCUGCUUGCCGCUCAGACUUGCAGCGCCUACUUCAUCGGAAUCGCAAGUCAGAACAGAGCCGUGCCAAGGUUGCUCCAUCUACGACUCCUCCCCCGACCACCUUGACAAUCGACAACGUCGACUAUGAAGUCAACGAGCUGUUCCGGCAGAGUGCCUUAUACGCCGCAGAUGUGCUCGAUCUGGACGAGCUCGAGGCUGCUCUUCUCUGCAUUCGGUCCCAAAGUCUGAUCCAAAAUACUCAAGACCCCACGGCGCUGGCAAUCAAGGCAGUGGUGCUGUUCCACGAGGAGCGGGUUGCUGUUCUGGAAUGUGUCCGUAUCAUCAUGCAGGGCAGUGUCGACGGGGAGACGGACGAACAAGUUCAAGAUGAGUUUCGAGGUAUAGUCAGACAGUCGUUGGUCGGCCAAGGUGGACAAGCCGAUGGCUCUGCAUACUGGAACAAAUGCAUGGAAGGCUUGAGCGAUAUCGAGGCUUUCAUCACAAAAGUCGCCACUGAGAAGGACAAGGCCAUUAUGACUGGGGAAGAUCUGUCCGGAAUAAAAGGUGAAUGGCUCGUGGUCCAGCGCAUGCUCCUCACGCGGCAGCACGAGUCCAUGGCAUCCAUUGUGUCGUACUUGAUGCGAGGCGGGUGGGUUCAGGCAGAACAAUAUCGAGGGUUUCUGAGCAGAGCCGCAUCAGUGGACAUACCUGCAGACAUUGCGAUCCACUACCUGCCCUCACUCAUCAGUGGCUCCGCAACAUUCGCAUGCGAUCAUGCGACCACGACCCCCGAAGCCGCCGCCAGCAUUUAUAACCUCUUCGCCGCAGGCUCUGGACAAUUGCAGUGGAGGAACAACGACCUUCAGGCAGCUGCGACCGUAUUCUGGCUUGCUGAAUACAAUGCCGGAUUCACUGCUGGUAACGGAGCGUACAACCAAGGCUCGGCCAGCCAGACUCGCGAAGACAACGCCCGAGCAAAGCUCUUCUUCGACGCUUUGAAAGGAAAUGCGCUUCGCUACAUUCUUGCAACUGCCUCCUUCCUGAAACCCGUCGUAUGGCAUGAUCCAGCUCGAACGGCAAUCGUGUAUCAUCUGGCUCACGAUGGCCUUGUUAUUCCAGUAGAAGCCCCUCGGCCGUCACCAGAUUUUUCAAACAUGACCAUGCGAGAGUUGCAAGUCUUCGGGGAGGCCAUGGUCGCGAACAUGUCUGAUGCGCUUCGGAAGCUCAAGGUGGAAGAAGAUGAAAACAGACGAGCCCUACUCUCUCAAUCGACCAACGCUGUCGAUCACGAACUCGACCUUGAGCGUUUCAUGGUCAUUCUGGCUUAUGCGUGGCAUGACGACGCUGAAGCCGCGAAUGAGCUCUGGUGGGCGAAUCGCGAGUCAAAUUUGUUUGGUUUCCUAAGAUUCGUAUCGCAGAGACUGUCCACGCCCAGGGUUGCUGCUUUGUGCACGCUGUUGCAAUCUAUCGCAUGCGACGAAAAGACUGCGAAUGCUGCGCACCGCUUCCUGCUUGAAGAUGCGGCAAUGAUUGGCGGCAAGGUGCGCAAGACAUACGCCAUAAGUUGGUCACAAAUCUUCAGCGAGCUCGAAUUGUACGCUUCUACGUUGAAGGACCGCCCGUCAGCACCGAAGACCAGCCCAGGUCAGGAUCUCGAGCUCGACGAGAUGGUCCUUGAAGAAGGGGAGACUAGUGUCAUGCUCGAGUCGUACCUGGGACUGACAGCACGGAUAUGUCGCAACAGCCCAGACGCGCGGAACUGGUUGCUAAAAGAACAGACCUUCCACCUCGGCGAGGUCAUGUUUCAACUCCUGCGUAGCGCUGACUAUGCGCGGAUUCGUGCAUGCUGUCUGGAGCUUUUGACAGCGUUCCUGACUGACAACUCGAUUGAAGUUCGGAAUGGCUUGUGGGUGUUGUUUGACAGUUGGGUGUCAAGUGGAGGACUUGAUGGCUCCAGUGCAGCAAGACCUCCUGGAAGACGUCAGUACCAAGCCAAGCAUUACCUGUCGUCAUAUGCCGCAGAUUCAGAGGCGGGCGCAGCCAUGGUUGCCUUUAUCAACGCUCUUGCCAGUCCUAUGGCCGGCACUGCUGAGCAGUUACUCGAUCAACUGCCCUUUCCAGAGGCUCUUGGACGCCCACACCGCCAUGAAGGGAUCCACUCAUAUGUCGACUUCGUUAUGGACGACGUCCUGGCUCGCAAAAUCACGCCCAUGCAGCCCGACGAGCCCUUGCUGCAUAUCCUGCGUUACGAGUGCCUCCACUUUGCCUUUCAAUGUUUGUCGACGUUCAACGAGGACAUUGUCUUGGUGGCGAACACGACCAACGCGGAGAUUGAUUCAGCCAUGGAGACGAAAUCUUUCGUCCGAUACGCUUCACUGCAUCCAUUUGCACGCGUCAUGGAAUGGCUCUUCGACAAGAAGGUGGCCAGUUCGCUUUUUAUGUCCCUGCAGCAAAGCCAAGAUGCAUUGAAUGAUGCCGAUCCCAACUCUCCGCUCGUACAGUCGACUUUGAAGGCUGCUCAAGUUCUCCUUUUGGCUUGGGAUCUGCAGCCUACAUAUUUCGAUCUUGUGCGACCUACCAUUGUGUCUCACAAUCCGAAGACGCAACCCAUCAGCGCAACAUGGACCUCAAUCGAUGAGAUCUUCCUUACACACCUUAGCACUGUGAUGGACAUUGCCCAGCUUACCACAUGCGGGCAAGUGGACAUUGGUCUUGAAUGCAUAAAGCUGCUGGAAAAGAUCGGCGCUUCUCGCAAGCUAUCAGAGACGGCUGGAGGACAAUACGGAUCAAGGAUCAUAAGUGUCUUGACGCCUGUCAGUGAUUCCUUGACCACACAACUGACGGCGGAAUUCACCCUUCUGGAAUGGGACCUCGAAAGCAACGAUGAGCCACUCAAAGUGGUUCGAGCCCGGGCAGUUCUGAAUCUACUAAAGGCGAGUCUGAAGAUGUCGGAUCGAACGCCUGGCUUGGCACACACUCUGCUUGGCUUCAGAUGCCGUGAGCGUGUGGUCGAGGUACCACCAGAAAGCCCUUUCGACAGGUCCGAAUCGCUGUUUCAUGCGAUUGCCGCCUGUGCUGGCAGCUCGCCGACAAUCACACCACAGUACGGAAACACUUCGUGGUUACUCGCUCUGAAGCGCGGCUGUCUGGAAGUCAUCCUGAAGCUCGCAGUGCAUCCACUGACCGCGCGCAUCGUUCAGCCGAUCCUGCGCUCUAUGGACCUACUUGGUGCCGUCUCCCACAACCUGGCGCCGGCAUCAGCGAGCCCUUCCUGGGAUGGCAAGGUGCUGUCUGACGUCGACCUACUCCGAAGCACUUCGGCUUACUCCCUACGAGACUUCAUGAGAGUUCGCGAGUCAUUUUUCGAGAUUGCGUCGACGGAGCUGCGCACUGCUGCCACGCAAUCCGCAUACUCAGUGCAAGAGAAAAUCGUGAGCAUACUGCUUGGGACUAUCAAAUUGCCGACCGGUGAAGAGGUUUCCACGGCAUCCAUAUUCGAACUUUUUGACUUCUUCGACGCGGAGACGACAAGCCCGUUCGACCUACCGCCUAGCAAAUUCUUCGGCGACGACGUCUCUGCCUGCACCAAGGAAGACCCCGAGACAGGAAUAUCGUUCGACUUGAAGAUGGCAAACCUGUUCCUUGUUCUUCGCAAGAAGCAACUCAAGGACAAGGGCAUAAUCCAGGAUGCCACACAAGAGACCGCUGCUGACGACGAGAUUGUAUCAACAUGCAACGCCAUGAUGAGCCAGAACAGCUUCACGGCCAUUCAGAGUGCACGUUUGGCCGCUCUAGAGGCGUGGACAGAUCUCGUGUCUAUGAUCGUCACCACAGGAGGCAUGCAACAGGCCGACGUUAUUGCGUUGUCACUCCAAGGCCUCUUGGUGACCUUACCAAAGUUUGAAAGAUCGCUCUCGGACAAUAUGGACGCUGCUGCUCUGCUCGCCAAGUUGACAUUGAAUUUCACGCAAGCAAUCAUUCCUGCUUCACAAGGAUCAUCCGAUCAGACUGCCAGCGUCGCCAUCGAACGCAUGCUAUCCGCAUUUAGGGUGUCUUUGAAGGUCAUCACAGACAGCACUACAGAUCUGGGCUUGCGAGACGUGGCUUACCGAACUUGUUGCGCCGUCCUGGCAUCGAUACCCAAUGUGCCCACGACAGGUCGAAAUUCUCAAGCCGCUAGCGCGAGGCAGCUUUUGCAGCUAGUUCAGAAUGCCGGAGAGCGAUUGCUGGCAGUGACAACAGAAGACACAUUCUCAGGACGUGGCGCCACCUGCGUCUCGGCCCUCCUUUUCUUGGACGGCUUGGUCCUGCUUUUCCAGGGCUUGAAAGCCAACACACAGAUGCUGCGAGGGUUGAUGAAACUCAAUUUCGUUCCAGUGCUCAUUGAUACUGGCAUCGGCAACGUCGCCAGUGCGUUCAAGAGUGAUGAUGAGACGAUCGCCACUAUGGCGUUCUACCAUACUGCAAUGGCUCUACUGCUACGUCUUUGCAACACGGUAGACGGUGCGCAGCUGGUCAUCAACUCAGGACUGUUUCCCGCUAUCGAAGAGAGCAAGCUAUUCAGCACCGAUCCCGACAUUGGCCUCGACAUUGAGAAUCCAGCAGCUUUGGAGGAGUUCUACGCUUUCUUGGGCGAUGUGGUACGUUUGAUGACCGCGACUGUUGUUCAGAAAGGCGCAGGUUUGGCCAAGUCUUUCCUGCAACAACAUCACUUCACUGUGCAGGCGAUCUUGAAGCAGGCCACAAGGGGUCAGGCAUUGGAUGCAGCCGAAGAGCUCUGCAGGCUGCUGAUGGCGUCAGGCUUCCUCGAGGACGAUCAAUCAUCGUCAGGAGCGACAUUCACGAAUGGAUUCACAUGA